AUGCAGUACCCCUCAAAGGAUCGCGCAUCACCUCACGCAAAAAACGGAUUUUUUGCCGGGAAUAAGAGCGAGGAAGAGGAAGGCAAUGUGAGCGAUCAAAGUGAAGAGAACUAUUCCAGACUGGAUUCUCCAUUCCGGAGCAUGAAACCAAAUCGAUACGGGAGGGUGAAAGAUGUGGCGGAUUUGAUGCCAGGCAACAUGUCAGAAGAAACCAUCACCAGCAUCAUUGCCGGCAGCACGAAUCUAAUCUCGCCAGCGAUGCAGAAAAGUUUGAUGUCAUCCAUGUAUAGCAAGGAUAUUACCAAACGCAUGCUUGACGUGUUUGUCGAUACACUCAAUACGUACCGCUACGUGAUUCCAAAUAAGCCUAUAUUUGAUGCGUACGACAAGUUUUACGAAAACGGCGGGGUUGUCACAAAGGAUAAUCUGACACAGUUCGGUCUGCUUGCCGCAACCUGUGCGAUCGGCACCAUGUACGUGACAAUCUCGCAACUAGACCUCGUUCCGGGCCUUUCACAGGACGCAGCGUACGACGAAUUCGAAAGUAUCAAACAACUGUGCAACUCUGCUGAAGUUGCCUGUUUCACGGCGCAGAAUAUUGGUGAAAAGGAAGAUAUCUACUCUGUCCUCACCUAUAUCCUGCUCUCGCGCCAUCACCUCGUGCGUGGGCGCACAGACCUGAUGUGGAUCGCCGCAGUCAACUUUGUGCGCGUGGCAUUCGACCUGGGCUUGCACCGCGAUGGAACACAGCGUGGGCUUGAUGAUGCAGCGGUAGAGCAAACUCGCGAGAUGUGGUCGCUUGUGUAUAGCAUGGAGCGCAGCUUUGCGCUGCAGUUGGGCCGCACACCAAUCAUUUUGGACAGCGCGUGCGACACAAAACCCCCGGCGAUUUACCACAAUCUGGACAAUGUCCCGCCCGAUAUGCGGCAUUUGUUUACCAAUGCGCCUCCGCCCCAUCUCCUGCUUAUUAACCGGAUCCGUAUGGUCAGUGCACCAUUACAGGGCGACCUCGCAUAUGCAAUGCACAAUCUGUACAAGCCCUUGUCGUACGCGCGUGCACUCGAGAUUCACAGUGAAUUUGAGCGUUUUGUCGCAAGCGAACUGCCUUUUUACUUUCUAGUGGACAUGGUGGACAAUAGACUAGUGCAAGAUACACGAUGCGACGGGCAUUAUUCCUUUGUCAAGAUCCAGCGCCACCAACUGCGGUUCGACUUUGAUGUGCCGGUACUUGCGCUGUUCAGUCCCUUUUUACUGCGCAAAUCGGCACGGCCGGGCGGCAAGUAUGCCAAGUCCUACGAGGUUUGCCUACAAACGGUCAAGAUCAACCUGGCGCUUCGCCACGAAGUGCGGUGCGAUGAAUCACUGCCGAAACGCUAUCGCGAAAGCAUCUCUUCUUUUGGGUGGUUCAAUACCUUGGUCGUCGCAGGGAUCAUUUUGCUCAAGAACCCGCCUGCCGACGAAGUGCAUAUUUUACGGGGACACAUGAACGAGUUUGUUCUGCGCGAGAUCGAUGGCGACAACCCAGAGCACAACGCGAAACUGAAGCGCGAGGUAGAUUUUAUCCAGUCCUUCCUCGACAAGGCAAAGCUGCCGCAAGACGAGGAUGUCUUGCACAUUGCAAAACGCCAGUGUACGCGCAAUGAAUCGCGGUCAGCUCCGGACGCCGAGCACUCGUCUGUUGACCAAGCGUUGUUCAACAUUCGCGCCGAGCAGGACAUGCUUUCACAAACGCGCCAGACAAUGUGCACAUUGCCACUGGAUAUGAACUGGGUGGGUGUCUCGCAAAACGGCGGUGCGACAGACCUUGAAUAUAACCCUAUGGCUCCGUUCAAUGCCACACCAUACCACUCCGUUUUUCCCAAUCAGUCGCUCUCCGACGAUGGGCUGAUGAAUUUAGGCGAAGUACUGAACUGCUCCAUGUUUCCUCAAACGCCCAUGAUACCUGCUAAAAAUGGCCAGACUUCUGCCAUGGCGCCUGGUCUACAGACACUGUCGUCUGAUAUGCAGCAUCACGGCCAAGAUACACAGCAAUUAUUGUAUUUAUGGUGA